AACACGAGGGUAUAGGAAUGGCUGUUUGUGCCUUUUUUGGGAAGGAGCUCUCAGCCAACGGCAAGACAGAGGAAGAGCAACAUUAACAACAACAACAACAACAAAAGCUCAAACAGCAAAAGAUCUCACUCCUCUGGGGCUCUGUCUUGUCUCAAGAACCUCUUGGUCUUGGGAGACAGUUCUGCUGAGCUCUCUUCUCGAGCAGGUCCUGUCGUGCGCCCGAAGAGGCUUCACCGGCAGUAAGUACCGAUGGCUUCGCGGUGAACAACUCUGUCUUGCGUGCUCUUCUCGAAGUAGGCGAUGGAGUGUUCCAGUGAGAGGUGCGAGUCCAUUAAGAAUGGAGCUCUUCAGGACAGCGGUACCGGCAACGGUGGGCAGCAAAUGGGAACGUUUGCGGAUCUGAUAGAGGCAGAGAGCAGCACGAGCUCUGAAUAUUCAGCGACAGCGUCAGAGGAGGCGACGACGGCCCUACACGAGGAACAAAGUCAGAGGAACUCCGAGGCUUUUUCUUCGUCGCCUAACUCUCUGAGCUGGUCUGAGCAGCAGCAGCCUGACUCUGAGGCAGAGCCCCCCGACUGCUCAAGCGACAAUGGUGUUGAGGUUGAUGAAGAGGGGAAGCUCCAUUUUCACGACAAUGCGAAGCUCGAGAAGCAAGGCUCCUCAACUUCAGUUUCAGAGGUCGAAAUGAUGAAAGAGAGAUUCGCCAAACUGCUGCUCGGGGAGGAUAUGUCAGGAUGCGGAAAUGGGGUCAGUACAGCACUUGCGAUAUCGAAUGCCAUUACUAAUCUUUGCGCUACUCUUUUUGGGCAACUGUGGAGGUUGGAACCUCUGCCUCCUGAGAAGAAAUCAAUGUGGCGAAGAGAGAUGAAUUGGCUCCUCAGCGUCAGCGAUCACAUCGUCGAGCUGGUGCCUACUUGGCAAAAUUUUCCAGAUGGGAGCAAGCUCGAGGUUAUGACUUGUAGGCCACGGUCGGAUCUCUAUGUCAACCUCCCAGCCCUCCGCAAGCUCGAUAACAUGCUUCUUGAAAUAUUGGACAGUUUCAAGAAUACGGAGUUCUGGUACGUGGACCAGGGAAUCCUAGCCCUAGAUUCGGAUGGUUCAGCCUCUUUCCGACAAGCUCUUCAGCGGCAAGAGGAGAAAUGGUGGCUCCCUGUGCCUCGGGUCCCCGCUGGAGGCCUCCAUGAGAACUCCCGGAAGCAUCUACAGCACAAACGCGACAGUACAAAUCAGAUACUAAAGGCUGCUAUGGCAAUUAAUAGCGUCACAUUAGCUGAUAUGGAAGUCCCGCAAUCGUAUUUGGAUGCUCUUCCAAAGAAUGGACGAGCCUGCUUGGGAGAUAACAUAUACCGUCACAUCACAUCGGAUCAAUUCUCCCCGGAGUGUUUGCUUGAUUGCCUCGAUCUAUCUUCUGAGCAUCAAGCCAUUGAGAUAGCAAACAAAAUUGAAGCCUCAAUAUAUGCCUGGCGAAAGAGAAUCAAUUCGAAGACCACAAACAAUCCCAACCGAUCAACGUCCAAGUCAUCAUGGAAUUUAGUUAAGGAGCUAGUGGCAGAUGGAGAAAAGCGAGAGCUUCUUGCUGAGCGAGCAGAGAGCCUCCUGCUCUGCUUGAAGCAAUGGUUCCCUGGUCUCCCUCAAACGACCUUAGACAUGAGCAAGAUCCAAUACAACAAGGAUGUCGGUAAAUCCGUUUUGGAGUGCUAUUCCCGAGUCUUGGAGAGCCUUGCAUUCAAUAUUGUAGCUCGCAUAGACGAUGUUCUAUAUGUGGACGACUUAACCAAGCAUUCAGACAAUUUUCCGUCGAUCUCAAAAGUCGGUCUAAUCGCUCAGAAGAGCAUCACAAUACCAUACUCGGUCACUAUUUCGGCCACUCCAUAUAGAACUACUUUCAAGACCCCGAGCUUCUCUCCAGCACAUUUGUUCAGUUCUGUGAAUAAGGUAGAAAGGUCGCCUUUCAUUCCAAGUGGCAAGCUUCCUCAUAGAGGAUUCGGCAUGAGAAAGAUGUUCACUGAUAUUAUCGGGACCGACACAAAGGGAAAGGAGUGUGGGAAGCCGAGCGAGCUAGACUCAAUAUCAAAUGCAAGUGUGGAAGCUGCUGCAUCUCCGUCUGGACCAGAAUCCUUUGAGUGUCAGAGGGAUGCAAUUAUUAGCCCGACUAAGGAUUUGCAUGCCAAGGGAUGAAAAUCAAGAGAAUCUCCAGUCAAUCUCAUUUUUCCAUUCUUAACCGAGCCAGUCGUUUCUCCUUUUCAAUAGUUAUGUAUCUCUAUCGAUGGUGUAAAUGAAAGCAAGAGAGUUUUCAUGUAAUUUUAAUCUAGAUCUAUUAUGAACAUUAUCGAACAUCAUCGAACAAUGUACCAGGCAACAACAUGCCUUUCAUUUUCUGUUAAAGUAACAAUUUGAGGGGAAAAA